CGCAUGGCGGCCGCGGUUGCCAUGGCGACGCGGGCGAUGCAGGAUGGGAGUUGGGCGCCCGGGCGGGAGAAAUGGCGCCGACGACCGGGAGGCAGAAGCUGCCGCUGCUGCUGACAGUGAGAGAGCGGUGGCCGCUACGUCGUGAGAUGUGUACCGCCGCCCACUCUGAGUCGGUGUCGUUUGCUUGAAGGUUUUGUGUUUGCUUCGGCCGGUGCCGGUAGCCAGUGAGCUUCGUUGAGAAUUUAGUGACCUGCUGGACAAACAGCAUGUAACUGACAGCAGUUAAUUACUUGCCUAACAUGUACAUUUGUUUCAUCUCUUCGAGCAUUCAAGCUUAUUGAACCCUGUUGGUGAUCUCUCAAUGGGACAUCGUUGACUUUUCUUUGAGAAAUUUAUGAUAGUCAAUCACAUGAUUUUUAUGAUCACAUGAACCCUUGAGUAUGACUAAGAGAACUGCUAGCUGAAUCAGAUGGUGUUGCUGUUUACAAAACAAAACUUCACAAAUCUUAUCCCAGCACAGUUGGUGCUCAACUCCAGUGCUAAUUUCAUUAUCGUUUGCAAAUGGAUCCAAAACCAAAUAGAACUGCUUUGAAUCCUGCAAAGCAUCCAGUUCGGAAGGACCUGCAGAUGAAGAAAUGUGAUUUCUCAAAGAAAGCUCAUCAGAGUAACGUGACAGCAGGCCUAAUGGUGCAAGCACAGCUUCCCAGAAGUGCAUCCCAGCAGCGUGCCAUGAAGCAUAAUGGGAGUAAUGUGCAGCGUGUAAAAAGAAGCUUGAUUCCGUAUAGAGUCAAUUACAGCUGGAACAGAGGUGGGCGAUUAAAGGAACUUCGAAUCAGGCACCUUGCGAGGAAGUUCCUGCACUUAUGGGUGCACAAGACAUUUGGCAGAGUCCUUCCAUCCAAAGCAAGGUCCCAUUACUGUCAUGCAUUGCUGAAUAAAACAUUUGAUGAAUGGAAGGAACAAUGGUGGUGUGCUCGUAUAGAAUGGAAGCUGAUGGUUCGCGCAGAUUGUCACUACAGGUACUACAUGUACAAUCAGACAUGGAGAGCCUGGCAGAUGUAUGUUCUUCAACACAAGAAGAAGAAAUCCAAAUGCAGGAUUGCCUCUUCACAUGCUCAUUUACAGUUGCUGCAUAAGGUCUGGAUCCGGUGGUGCUUGUACAUAAAAAUUCGCAAAACCAAGCAUUUGAUGCAGGUUGAGGCACAACUGUUCCGUAUAAAAACUAUUGUUCGGAAUGUGUGGUCCAUUUGGACUAAACAGUUGGUGAGGAAGGAAGGAAAUCGUGCAAUGGAUGGCUUAGCAAUGCAGCACUGGGCAGAAACCUGCAGCACAGGCCAACAGGUGGCAGCCUUGUUUGUGACAUGA